AUGGUGAUGAUCUUAACCAGAACUGGGGAUAACAAAGGUGCUGACUCUGUAACAUGCAGGACUGAGCUGCACACUCCAAAGAUGAGUCAAGGACCUACCCUCUUCUCUUGUGGCGUGAUGGAAAAUGACAGAUGGAGAGAUCUCAGUAGGAAAUGUCCACUGCAGCUCGAGCAGCCAGGCACCAGCAUUUGGGACUGUUUGUCGGACAAGGGCGAGGAGGCCUCACGCUGGCCAAGGGAGACAGCCAGCACCUGCUCCGUCACCAACCUGAUCAAAGACCUCAGCCUCAGCGACCCCCACGGUAACCCCUCGGCCCCCCCCAGCAAGCGCCAGUGCCGCUCGCUCUCCUUUUCGGACGAAAUGUCAAGCUGUGGGACCUCAUGGAGACCCUUAGGCUCAAAGGUGUGGACCCCGGUGGAGAAACGGCGAUGUUACAGCGGGGGGAGCGUGCAGCGUUACUCCAACGGCUUUGCCACUAUGCAGAGGAGCUCCAGCUUCAGCCUGCCGUCGCGGUCCAACCCGCUCUCCUGUGAGCAUCCUGCCUUCAGCAGCCGGCUGGGGUGCCAGCCACGGAAAUCGGCCACUGGUGGGCAUGGAGGAGACAGGGCGGACAUGCAGAGGUCACUCUCUUGCUCGCAUGACCACUUCUCCUCCUCAGAGUACUGUCCGCCCUCCGCCAGCAGCACACCUGCCUCCACCCCAGAGCUGGGGCGCCGGGCCGGCGGGCUGGCCCGCAGCCGCUCGCAGCCCUGCGUCCUCAAUGACAAGAAGGUUGGGGUCAAGCGACGGAGACCGGAGGAGGUUCAGGAGCAACGGCCCUCUCUGGACCUUGCCAAGAUGACCCAGAACCGGCAGACUUUCAACAGCCUUACCUGCCUUAGUGCCGCAGCCGAGGACAGCUCCCAGCGUCUCCUCGGCCCUCAGCCAUGGACCCCCCACUCCCCGGAGGUGAUGCCAGGCAGGACCCCUGCCUGCACCCCAGUACCAGAGCCACCACCUUCGCAGGCCGACGAACACCAGACCAGCAGGGAUGACCUCUCCUGUGAGGAGGAGGAGGAAGGUGGUGGGAAGGAGGAGGACAGGGCAGCAUGGCUGAGCAGUGGGACAGGCUCUGAGAGCCUCUUCCAGCUGGAUGGCGAGAUAGAUAUUGAGCAGAUAGAAAACAACUGA